AUGGCUUUUGUUUUUUACUGUUUCCUGCAAGUUCUGGUCUCUUGGGUUAUACAUGCAGUGCAGCCGUUCUGUCUGCCAGAGUGUACCUGUUCAGAGGAGAGUUUUGGCAGGAGCCUUCAGUGCAUGUCUAUGUCUUCGGGAAAGAUUCCAGACAACUUUCCCGAAGAACUCAAGCAAGUGAAAAUUGAAAACUCACCCUUAUUUGAACUUCCCCAGGGGGUUUUCACCAACAUGAGCACUUUGGAAUACCUUUGGCUCAACUUUAACAAUAUCACUGUGAUCCACCUAGGCGCCCUGGAGGACCUGCCUGAGCUGAGAGAGCUGAGACUGGAGGGGAACAAACUUCGUUCAGUACCAUGGACAGCGUUCCGCGCCACGCCUCUCCUGCGGGUUUUGGAUCUCAAACAUAACAGGAUUGAUGCUCUCCCUGAACUGGCUCUUCAGUUCCUAGCCAACCUGACAUACCUUGACAUAUCCUCCAAUAGGCUGACAGUUGUAUCCAAGGGUGUCUUCUUGAACUGGCCAGCCUAUCAGAAACAACAGCAGCUUGGCUGUGGAGCUGAGAUUCUCUCCAACAUGGUAUUGUCGCUGCACAAUAAUCCUUGGUUGUGUGACUGUCGUUUAAGGGGGCUUGCUCAGUUUGUCAAGUCCAUUGGUCCCCCUUUCAUCCUGGUGAAUUCUUAUCUGAUAUGCCAGGGUCCUGUCUCUAAGGCAGGGCAGCUUUUACAUGAGACUGAGCUCGGAGUUUGUAUGAAGCCAACUAUUUCAGCCCCUAGUGUCAAUGUCACUAUCCAGGUAGGAAAGAACGUGACCCUGCAAUGUUUGGCACAAGCCAGUCCCUCACCAACCAUUGCAUGGAAGUAUCCCCUGAGCACGUGGAGAGAAUUUGAUGUGUUGACCUCGCCAGUUGCAGAAGGUAUCAUUCUAUCCCAGCUUGUCAUCCCAGCAGCUCAACUGGUAGAUGGCGGUAAUUAUACUUGUAUGGCCUUCAAUUCCAUCGGCAGAAGUUCCCUUGUCAUCUUGCUCUACGUCCAGCCUGCACAGGUCAUGCCUAGAUUGCAGUCCCCUUCCACCUCUUCAGGGGUCAGUGCCUAUGUUGACCUACGGGUGGUCAAGCAGACGGUGCAUGGCAUCUUGCUGGAGUGGCUCACAGUGACCAACCUCCCCGAGGAACGAUGGUUCACCCUCUAUAUUACAUCUGAUGAAGCUCUCAGGAAGAAAGUGGUCCACAUAGGCCCUGGAAUCAACACGUAUGCCGUGAAUGACCUCCUCCCUGCUACAAAAUAUAAAGCAUGUCUCAGCCUGAGGAAUCAGCCUCCAGGCCAGGGUCAGUGUGUGGUCUUUGUGACAGGCAAAGACAGUGGUGGACUAGAGGGUCGUGAGCGCCUCUUGCAUGUCACUGUGGUCUUGUGUGCUGUGCUCCUGGCACUGCCUGUGGGUGCUUAUGUCUGGGUAUCCCAGGGUCCAUACAACUGCAGUGAGUGGUGUUUGCGCUGUUGCCCUCUUCACCGGAAAACCCUAAGAUGCCCACAAGCAGUGCCACAGUGCAAGGAUAGCUCCUUCAAAGAUCCUUCAGCUGUCUAUGAGGAUGGUGAGAGUCACAGAGUCAUGGAGGAGGACGAGAAGAUAGAAAAGGAAGGUAUCAGUUAA